AUGAAACGGAACUUUUACGGCGGGACGUGGUCUGACCAUGCUGUGGCGGAGGAGCGGUUGGUCAACCAUGCUGUGGCCAAGUUUAGCGCACUGGGUAGCGGCUGUGUUUCUCUGUCGGGUCGCCUCGACGCAGUACACCAGCGACCAGUGCAGCUGGAGAGGAAGGCGCAUGGCAGGGUGCAGUGUUUCUCCCUGACAGAGGGGGCGCUGUUCAUAGAGGCAGUGGGCCAGCAGGACAUCAGCAAGAGGAUCACAGUGUUUCAGUAUGAACUGGUGGCCAGCCACGGACCUGGAGCUCAUCUGUACCCACACCUCAACACUGGCACUGCCUCCUGUACACCCUGCACAGAUGACCAGAUCCUGAUGGCGGUUUGCACCAGCGACUUUGCGGGUCGUGGCAGUAUCCGUGGCGUUGACACGCCCUCGUCAUCAGACCACUCCUCCGUUGCCGUGACGCUAAGCCGCCUGUUCCAUCAGAAGAGCGGAGUGUUCUCUUGGGACGGAGCCAGAGGAAAGGGGUGGUCCGGACGUCUGAACACGCCCCUGCGGUGCCGGCUGCAGCCGAGGGAGAAGGGGGAGUUCCUGUUCACGGGGGCAGUGCGGUUCGGAGAGGCGUGGCUUGGCUGCUCCCCGCACUACCGCCACUUUCUGAAGCUCUACCGGACCGCCCUGGAGACAGGAAGUAACCCCUGUCACAUGAACAUGGACACAGACUGAGGCACGCCCCUUCCGCCCAGGUGACAACCAAUCAGGCAACAGGAUUGGGAAACAAACUCAGCGAAUCAGGGACAUAUGGAGAGAGGGCUGGGUCGCUGGCUGGACUGACAGGGCCCUGAUCAAAUCAGAGGAGGGAGGUUGUAAAGGGGCGGAAUCUUUGAUAUGCCUGAGAGGUGACUGGACAUGGUCCCAAGCCCUGCUAACCGAUUGGCUGAAGCUCUUACAGUUGCCUAGCAGCAAGGAUAGUUGGUCUAUUGAACAGUUCUAAAGCCAUCUGUCGUCAUAGAAUGUCUUAAGACGCUGGUGUGUGUGUGUGUGUGUGUGUGUGUGUGUGUGUGUGUGUGUGUGUGUGUGUGUGUGUGUGUGUGUGUGUGUGUGUGUGUGUGUGUGUGUGUGUGUGUGUGUGUGUGCGCAUGUGUUGGAAAUAGAUGUAAAUAUGAUCAUUGUUGUAAUGAAAGUUUGUUUCGUGAAAAGCUUUAUGUUUACAGUUUAGAGGUUGUCUUCUGACCGAAGUGUAUAGUGUGUUCCUGCACAGCGUGUGUGUGUUUGUGUGUGUCUUAGCGUACUCUUGUGUGUCUUAGCGUACUCUUGUGUGUCUUAGCGUGCUCUUGUGUGUCUUAGCGUGUUUGUGUGUGCGCGCAAGGGAGUGUGUGAACGUGUAUGUACUAGCCUGUGAAUGUGUGUGUGGUUCUGCACUAGCUUGUGUGAAGGUGUGUGUGAAGGUGUGUGACUGUGUUAAAGUACAAUAGCACUCUGGCUCUCUGUUCUAGGGAAUAAACUAUCUUCCUGGAACAAGUCUUUAUUUUACUGUCUAGAUGUGUCUGUGUCUAGAUGUGUCUGUGUCUAGAUGUGUCUGUGUCUAGAUGUGUCUGUGUCUAGAUGUGUCUGUGUCUAGAUGUGUCUGUGUCACAUUGGAUUUAUCGACAGUGUUUAUAAGGUACUGUUUUGAAGUAUCCUCAUUUGUGUGUGUGCGUGUGUGGGCGUGUGUGUGUGUGGGCGCGUGCGUGUGUGUGUGUGUGUGUGUGUGUGUGUGUGUGUGUGUGUGUGUGUGUGUGUGUGUGUACUAGAGAGAGUAGAGGCAGACUUUUAUGAUCCAUUUUAUUUAUUUUCCGACAUCUUCGGCCAAAACCACUUCAACAACCACACUGGUGUGAGCAUGUCUGUUACAGAUUAAUUCAUUGUCCAAUGUUCACAAAUGUCCAAUGAAAAUGUGCAUUUGGUCUAUCCCCUCUGAAAGACACACACACACACACAGGUUGGACUGAGUGGUGGAGGAGGGGAAGGAUGGAGGCAGGGGGAAUUGGAGGGAGGGAUGGAUGUAGAGAAGGAUGGAGGUAUAGAAGGAAAGAAGGAUGGAGGUAGAGAAGGAUGGAUGUAUAGAAGGAAAGAAGGAUGGAGGUAGAGAAGGAUGGAGGUAGAGAAGGAUGGAGGUAGAGAAGGAUGGAGGUAUAGAAGGAAAGAAGGCUGGAGGUAGAGAAGGAUGGAAAGAUGGAGGUA